AUGAGCUCUGUUCAUUACAAAUCAGACGAUGAGUACUCGGUCGUUGGGGACAAGGGUGACAUUGGGUUCAUUGACUUCGACAACUGCAGGUCUGUCUGCAACUACAACCCGUCUGAAGAAAGUCAAAUAGUCAACAUCUCGGUCCCAUUCCCUUUGGUCAAUGGGAAGCCUCAGUCGGGAUUCGUGGGUGAGGCUAUCUCUGACUCGGUCAUCAUAAAGAACAUCAGCGGUGAGCCGCUCGACCUCUGGUCUGUCAGCAUUUAUGACUCGAAGCCCGAGAAUGCCUUCAAAAUUUCUCUAAUGGAGCCCCCGACAGCAAAAUCCGACGAGCAGUACAUCCAAGAUUUUGUCGAGUCAUUUUCCUUAGAGGAUAAGGUGAUUAGAGCGGAUCGGGAUUUGAAAAUCUGGCUUUCGUGCAAGCCUGAGGAGAUAGGGCUGUAUUCAGCAGCAGUGCAUUUCAGUGUAGGGGACGAGACUAUCGAGCGGCUGGUGUUCGUGCUUGCGGAGGAUAAAAUCUCCAAGUCUUUGACUUCGAACAAGCCAUACCAGAGGUCACGGAGAAAGAAACAGGACGUGGUGAGUGUGGAAGGUGGGUACGUGAGGGGCCGCCGGCCUUCAAAGGGUACUUCUAACGGGGGCGGGUAUAAGAGACGGCUGGAUGAUUACCUGAUUCCCGGGCAUAUUCGUGAGAUGUUAAGUAAUCAGCAGACGCCCGAUGAGGUUAGUGAUGGUUUGAGUGAGAGUAACUAUGGCAUGUUCUUCAAGACACUUCUUGCUAUGGAGGAGGUAAAAUUGGAGGAAGACAUGAGGGCGUAUGACAUGGAGUGCGUCACCUUGAAAAGAAAAUGGAACCAGUUUUUGUCUCUUGAAGUACCAGGACUGGCCGAGAAACGUCCUUCGCUUGUUAGUGGGGACUAUAUAUUCGUGAAGCUUGCUAGCGAAGAUCAAGAUGCGACUGUUGGUGCAUAUCAGGGUUUUAUCCACCGUGUAGAAGCUGAGGAAGUGUACCUGAAAUUCGAGCAGAAAUUCCACAACAACCACCGGGACAUUAACCUCUAUAACGUGCAGUUCACCUACAACCGCACGAACAUGCGCCGCCUCUACCAGGCGGUCGAGGCCGCUGAGUUACUACCCAGGAACUUCCUCUUCCCGACCGUUCCGCCCAAGCGGAGCCUCGUGGGCCCCAAACCCGUUGUCCCCAUCUCCUGCACCCUGAACGAGGAGCAGUUGAGUGCCAUCGAAAUGAUACUUGCACGCAGGGGCGGGCCCCCGUACUUGAUCCAUGGCCCGCCUGGGACGGGGAAGACCAUGACCCUCAUCGAGGCCAUCCUCCAAAUCUACCUAUCGAAAAAGAACGCCCGGGUCCUCGUGUGUGCGCCUUCGAACAGUGCAGCCGACCACAUCCUAGAGAGGCUCGUUGGCCAGGACUUGGUCGAGAUCAAGAAAAACGAGAUUUUCAGGCUCAACGCUUUAACCCGCCCCUUCGCGGACGUCAGCCCCGAUCACAUUGAGUUCUGCUUCGUGGAGGAUUCUGCCUUCAAGUGCCCGUCCAGGUGGGAUCUUGCCAAGUACAGGAUAAUUAUCUCCACCUACAUGAGCGCCUCCCUUCUUUACUCAGAGGGCGUCCGGCGUGGCCACUUCUCCUACUUUUUUAUGGAUGAGGCGGGCCAGGCCUCUGAGCCUGAGACGAUGGUCCCCCUCUCCAACCUCUAUUCCAAGGACAGCAUCGUGGUCCUCGCGGGUGACCCAAUGCAGCUGGGGCCCGUUGUGUUCUCUAGGGACGCUGAGUCCUGUGGCCUUGGAACCUCGUACCUGGAGAGGCUCUUUGGCUGCGGGCCCUAUGAGGGAGGAGGGGACGGGAGUUUCAUAACUAGGCUGGUCCGGAACUACCGAACCCAUGAGGCAAUUUUGAGGCUCCCGUCCAAGCUGUUCUACGAGGGGGAGCUCAUGGCUAAGGGUCUGGCCGAGGGUGAUAUUGGGGUCAUAACGCCUUACAGACAGCAGGUGUGCAAGAUACGGGGCGCGCUCGAAGCUCUUGACUGGUCGGGUAUUAAGGUUGGGAGUGUGGAGCAGUUUCAGGGGCAGGAGAAGCAGGUGAUUAUUAUAUCGACGGUGCGUUCAACUAUAAAGCAUAAUGAGUUUGAUAAGGUUCAUUAUCUGGGGUUCUUGAGCAAUCCGAGGAGGUUCAAUGUUGCCAUUACCCGGGCCAAGUCUUUGCUCCUGGUUAUUGGGAACCCGCAUAUACUGUGCAAGGAUCCGAACUGGAACAAUCUCUUAUGGUACUGUGUGGAAAACGGCUCUUAUAAGGGCUGCUUCCUUCCAGAGAAGGAGAUAUUCAUUGCUGAUGAACCUGUGAAAUUAGGUCCGACUGAUGGACAAUAUUACACGGGCUAUGAUGGUGAGAAUAAUUUUCAGUCUUCGAGUGGGAACUGGGAUGACGCAGGAGAUGGCUGGCAGAUGCCUGAAGCUCAGUGGGGCCCCACCGAAGAUAAUAAUGACCAGAGCUAUGACGUGAAGAACGACUUUCAGCCAUCCGAAGGGAAAUGGGAUGAGGAAGGAGAUAAAUGGAAGACUUCUGAUGUUGAUUGGUGCCUUGACGAGCAUAUUAAUAAUGAGACCUCUGGCGUGGAGAAUGGCUUCCCGCCCUCCAAUGGGAAACUGGAUGAGGAAGGGGAUAAAUGGAAGAAUUCUGAAGUCGAGUGGUGCCAGGAAGAACAUAGGAAAUGUAACGAAGUCCAGCUGAGCCUGCACACGGCUUGUGACGCAGGUGAAAUGGUGGCAGGGUUGGUUGACAUUGCAUUUCAUUUGCAUUCGACUGGGACGCCUGGCAUGUUGCAUGCACGAGGCAGAGACAUUGCAGUAUCUCGAUUUAUGGGAACACGAAAAGGAACCCGUCCAAUAAUAAUAAGGCACAGGCAGUCUUCACCUUUACUGAUUAGGCUUUUAAGUGAAGUACAACAAUCUUGA